UUAAUCUCUCUCUCUCUCUCUAACAUACCCAAAACAUGACAACUCUCAACCAGUUGUUUGAUCUGCCGGGACAGAUUUGCCAUGUCCAAUGUGGCUUCUGCACCACAAUUUUACUGGUGAGCGUGCCUUUCAGCAGCUUGUCAAAGGUGGUGACUGUGAGAUGUGGGCACUGCACCAGCCUCCUUUCUGUCAAUAUGAUGAAAGCUUCCUUCAUCCCUUUCCAUCUCAUCGCUUCCCUCACCCAUCACGAUCAGGGGAAAGAAGAUAUCAUAAAGGCAACCGCGGAACAAGAAGCAUGUAAAGUGCAUCAAGCGAAAGAGUACAGUCCAAAUUUGGUGGCAUAUUCGGAUAAUGAAGACGAAGAUGUGCCACGGGUUAACCAAGUGGUCAAUAAACCUCCGGAGAGACGCCAAAGGGCUCCUUCUGCCUACAAUUGCUUCAUCAAGGAAGAGAUCAGUAGGCUAAAGGCUCAAAAUCCCAACAUUGCCCACAAGGAAGCUUUCAGCUUGGCCGCCAAAAACUGGGCACAUUUUCCACGUGUGCAUCACAAGAGAGGGGCUGAUCAAUGCUUUAGCCAAGAAGUUCAAAAUGCACCCUACAACUCUCUCCAUGAUUCCGCUAAUCAUGAGUUUUGCUUGCCGGGCCAUGAAGAAGGCAGUAAUGGGUACCGUGAGAGAAAAGCUCCGAGGCAUUCCAUUUGGGGGAAAUCGCCAUUCGAGUAAGAGAGGAAUACAAAAAACAUUCAAGAGACAAUUAAAAAAAGGGCAUAAAAUUAACGAGAGAUAUUGACGGAGUGUGGAAUUAGGGUUUUUCAUUUCAUCUAGGGCUUACGUUAGAGUUUCAACCAUAGGGGCUGGGGGUGGUGGGUUUGUUCGAGGAGUGAAUAAAGUAUGUAUU